AGCUUGCUAGCCCCCAAAAAAUGUACAACUUCAAGUUGCUCAACUGUUGCACAGAUCAUCAACUACUGCAUUUGAAGACACUGCCACCUGCUGACAUGUGCCUCAAAUGUGAUUAUCAAAGAGUCCUCAACAGACAUUUGAGUUAGAUAGAUAGCUACAUAGAUUUGAUUUGACAGUUAUAAGUUACAACCAGGGGGAAGAUGCCACCAGUCCGGUCCCAUACACGACUUUCUUGUGACGUAUUAUGCGCGGAGACCUUUUGUGACGUCACCAAGCAUCAAUUCGCUACAUAAACUGUGUUCAGCUUUGAUAUAUAUCAUCAGUACAAUCUCUUUUUUCAAUCAGGUUGUUUCAGGUAAUCUUUUGCCGCAUAGUCUGCCCUAGCUGACGCUGUGCAGAGAAUACUACGAUUGGAAACGGUUGGUUAGACCCGUUCGCACUGCACAAGAAAGCAAGAUGGACCGUAGUGAUGAGAGAAUCAAAAGAGCUUUAAGGCGCUGCCCUUAUGUGUUGAAUCCAGUGAGGGUGAACACCCCUGAUUCUGUGAUGUGGCCAACCGGUAAGGUGCACAGAAGACCAAGGCCUUCUACUUCAGCGCAGACCCCUCAGAUCCACAAAAGGCCUCCAAUCAUUGAGAGCUGUGGGCAGGAACAGACAUCUGGGGAUGGACGGGACAUCAAUCCAGAGCCUCUCAGCCAGUCUGGAAGGGUGACUCGGCUGAUGGAGAGAAAUUAUGAUGGGGUCAUCUCAUCCUCCAACUCUGAUGACAUCUCUAUCUACUCCUUCACUGACUGUGAAUCUGAGUCUGAUGAUGAGGAUCAUGAAAGGAGGACACCACCGCUGAUAGUGAAGGAUGAGGAGGAUGGAAAGGUGACAAAGUUUGAAGUGAGGGAUAUGGUAGAGGACGACAAUCUGUCUCUCCACUCCUUGGAUGAAUCAGACUUUCUGUGUGAUAAUGGCAAUGAUGCCUCUGCUGAGGACAGUCCUGGGCCUUCAAAGGAACCACAGAGAAAAGGGGCUUCACUGAAGGACCCUCGACUGGUAUUCUCUUACAUUUGUGUGUUUGUGUGUUAGUGGUGCGCAGGUCAGCUGUUUGUUCAACCAAACCCACCCGCAAUUGCUAAUAACCCAUCCGCAACCGCCCGACUAUAUACAUUACUUUUCUGGCCAUCCCUUCUUUAUUUUCAACUUUCCAUUUCGUAGCUUUCCUCUUAUUGAAUUAAACUCUGACAUUGUCCUUUUUGCGUCAGUGGAUCAACAAUAACUUUUUCUGCCCUUUCCCAAAAGUGUUUGGUGAUUGGUGUCUAGUCUAUUUGGCAUGCGCCAAGUUAUGUCCCACAGCUUAGGUUUAUGCACAAAUGCUAAAUAGCCUAUAGAUAUAAAUUACACAAGAAUGAUAUAUUUAUGGAUUUUUUUCAUGUA